UAGGGAUCUCAAGUUUUCCGUCAUCCCAGCAAGCGUCAAAUUCCAGCCAUAGGCGCAAUGGCCGAUGAGUUGGCCCGCCUGAGAGAAGUCACAGAGUGGCAACAGAAACUCGUCUCUUCUCUUCGGACAGUGCUUUCCCCGGAAACGCAUCUUGAAUCCGCCAAAGCCGUAAGAGAAAAGACGUUUGAUAUCGAGGACUACAUUCUGGACAAGACAGACGAGGAGCUCCAGGAGCAGUUCGACAUGAUUUCCUCGAGUCUUGACCAAUGCAAAGAUCUCAUCGAAAGUGUCAACGAACUCAUGGAGAUUAUGAGUGAUGAUCAUAACCGUGCAAUUCUUGUCUUCACCGUUGUGACAGUCAUCUUCCUCCCGAUGAGUUUCAUCGCGACAUACUUGAGCAUGAACGGCGGGCCUUCAGAAGCUCACUGGGGCAAGACACAGGCAUUGUUUUGGGAGAUUUCUGCCCCACUGGCACUGGGAAUUGGCAUUUUCUGCCUCGCUACAGCAUGGCACGGAUCUGAGACUGGGGCUGUGAGGGAGUGGAUAAGUGAAUUUUCUGAUCGAUGGAGAAACAAAUUGGGCCGGCGGGAUUCGAAGACAGAUGAUUCCGAUGAUUCAGAUUCUGACGAAACCGAGUCAAGUUCUGUAUGAAGCACCGAUCCAACGCAUUUGAUAGUUCUAUUGGAAGACUGUUUAUUUUUCCUAA